AUGACUUUCUCCUCCUCGCCAGUACUCUACCCAGCCAGUUCAUCGCCCCAAGCGGCCGUGCCGAGUAAGAAACGCCGACUAUUUCAGCCAUUCCCAAGCGCACCUCAACCCCAUCUGAAAAGACCCAAAAUUGUUGGAGGAUUCCUGCAGGAUAGCGAUGAUGAAGACGUUGAAGGCGACCCCGUGACUGCAAAUGCUAUUUCCCAAGAAAAGCCGCCUUCCCCUUCAGCAGCAUCGAUUCCACCUGGACCUGUGGAAGAGGUGGACCUUUCUCCACCAGUAUUCUUACCCGCCCCUCGUCUCCUUUUGAGAAAAUUGCCAGCAAAAACAAUCAAUAUACAGUCAGCCUCUGGUGGAGCGAUAGAAAUUUCCAUCCGACAGAAAACAGCCAUCCUCUCAUACGAGCAAAUCAUAGCUCAAAGAUCAACAACUGCUCCAGGACGAGCAAAGAAAGCAUACUAUGGAAUUGAUAUACAUACACUUAUGGACGAGGCCAAAACUCAACAACAGUUGGCCGAGUUCGCAAAGGAGAGUAAGAAGCAAAACGCUUUGGUACUGCCAACCGUUGAGGUUCCAGAUCAACACCCAGCGUUGACUGGGAAGUCAAAUUACACCCAAAUGUGGACGGAGAAGUAUCGAGCGAAGAAGUUCACAGAGCUCGUUGGUGAUGAGCGAACUCACAGAUCUGUACUCCGCUGGCUGAAGUCGUGGGAUGACCUCGUCUUCCCUGGAAGUUCCAGGCCAAAGCAGAUCAAAGUGUUUGACGAGAAAGACCAGUUUCAACAGCAGCAUAAGAAAAUUCUUCUUCUUACGGGCCCUCCCGGGCUUGGAAAAACCACCUUGGCUCAUGUAUGCGCCAAACAAGCUGGAUAUGAAGUAUUAGAAAUCAAUGCUAGUGACGACCGAAGCAGAGACAUUGUCAAAGGCAGGAUAAAAGACGCACUUGGUACCGAGACUGUUCGUGGCAUCAAAGAACAAGGAAAGGCUCGAAAAGCUGGACGACCUGUGUGUGUUGUUGUGGAUGAAGUUGACGGCGUAACCACUGGCAACAGCUCAUCUGGUGGGGAGGGUGGUUUUGUCAAAGCAUUGAUUGAUCUUGUACAGACUGAUCAACGGAAUUCUUCGAAGGAAGGACAAAGCCAGAAUGGCAAGGGAGGAAAGAAGAAUCGCGACCGCUUUCGAAUGCUGAGACCAUUAAUAUUGGUUUGCAACGAUGUCUACGCCCCCUCGCUGCGACCAUUACGAACAUCCUCGAUUGCUGAACUUAUCCAUGUGCGGAAAGCUCCAAUCGACAAGGUAAUAUCUCGAAUCAAAUUCGUGUUUGAGAAGGAACGCAUAUCAUGUGACAAUGACGCAGCAAGACGGCUUUGUGAGAUUUCCUGGGGUCUGGCUAUGCGGAAGCAGAGAAGCCAGGGAUCUAGAGGAGCUGGUGAAGGGGACAUCCGUGGUGUUCUUGUUCAAGCAGAGUGGCUCGCACAUAAGCUACGAGCGGGCGGAGAAAAUACUAGAUUGACGAGGAAUUGGCUUGAACCUCAUCUAGACAACUCUCAACAAGGACAGAAAGGACUGGGACGUGGUGGUGUCCGGGAAGUCGUCGAACGAGUAUUUGUGGAGGGUGCUGGUUUACCAAGUUUGCCUACGUCUGUCUCAGCUGACGACGCAAGACUUAUUGCUGAGUCUAACGCGCAACCAAUUGGUGUUUCGGAUCUUCGAAAGCGCGCCGCCAUAACUGCUCUUCGAGAAAUGGUGGAUACUUGUGGCGAUCACGAUCGGUUGAUGACCGAUUGUUUUGCAGCUUAUCCGACCCAAGUUUUCCAAGAUGAUGUUCAACUAUCGAAACCCAAUAUGGGCUAUGAAUGGCUUCAUUUCCAUGAUCGCCUUUCAAGCCGCGUCUACUCCGGGCAAGAAUGGGAAUUGACUCCGUAUCUCAGCACAAGUGCCUGUGGUUUCCACCACCUAUUCGCCAGUAUGGAUAAGGGCAACAAAGCAUGGAAUGAAGAGAUCAAGCCGGAGGUCGAACCUGAAGACUUGCACCCUUUCAGUGGACUCAAGGCUGACUUUACCGCCCACGAAGCAGAGAAGCAGAGCCGAACCCUGCUGACAGAACUUCAAUCAAACUUUUCCGGAUCAUUGUUGAGACUCUUUAGUUCCGUGGACGUAAUCGCACUGGAGUUGGUACCAAACAUCGGAAGAAUGCUGGCCCCGGACGUGAAGCCUGUGGUAAUUGGUGGCUCUAGCGGCUCUGCAAGCAUUGCAAGCGUGAGAAAAGAAACGGAAAAGCAAUGUGUUAGGAAUGCUGUCAAGACAAUGCUUGCGUUGGACGUGUCGUUUGAGAAAGCAAGAGUGGAGAUCGAAGGUGGUGGAGCGCACUCAAAUGCUGGAUAUAUCUACAGGAUGGAACCUCCUCUUGAUGAACUGCUCAAUCUUCAUCUACACAGAUCCUCACGCUCGAUAGCACCAAUAAGGUAUGCGGUACGUCAGGUUCUGGACCAGGAACUCAGAAAAGAGAAGUUGCUUCAGAAUAGUCUUGCUCGGCAUGCUCGGACCUCGACAGAGACGCGCAAGAACACUACCCAUGAAGAGGACAAAGAAAAUACAGACCCACUUGCCAAGGCAGCUCAAUCGCUGUCAAACGAUGCAGGCAUGAAGCGAGACUUUUUUGGUCGUGUGGUCAACGAUGUAAGACCUAUGUCUGCUGGAAAGAACACUACGAAUGGACAGCCAACACGAAAGGAAGAAGGAGGUCGAAUCUGGGUUUCUUUCCAUGAAGGGUUUUCAAACGCUGUCAGAAAACCGAUCACACUGAAGGAACUUAUUGACAGUUUCGCGUUGUGA